AUUAUUCGCACUUCCGCAAUAGAUCAGACAGAAAUUUUGACACAAAUUUUCACAAAAUAAUCGAUGUAUUGUUUAUUUUACAAAAGAUCGAGAAAAAGUUCCAGUUAUAUUGAAACAAUUGUUCCCCUCCUUAAAUAACUUAGCUACCCGAAUAAGGAUAAAAAGUGCAGUAUCCAAGCUGUUGGAUUCUUUUUGUUGCUGUUUUGCCCGUCAUGAUUUUUUUUCAUCGAACUUUGUAGACGAUGGCAAAUGCUCAAAAUACCAACGCUAACUGGCAAAAUAGGCCAGCUGUUCCGUCACUUCCGACGCAACCAACUGUCGGUGUUCCAUUAGGAGGCCAAAGACCACCCAUAGCAGAUAAUAUGCAGUUAAAAACAGGGCAGUCGGUAUUAAAUGGACCUGUUCCUAUUUCAGGCCCACCAGGCCAGCCCUUAUUUCGGCCACCAUCAAGUGUAAAUGGUAUUGCUUCACCAUCAGUGUCACAAGGAAGUAUGCAAAUGAAUGGUCAGUUUUCAGGCAUAAGACCACCUGUGUCCAGUGGUCCUGUAAUGAAUGGACCUAAUCAAGGACCACCUUUUCAAGGAAAUCAGUUUAAUCAACCAAGGCAAGGAUAUCCAGGAUCAAGUGGACAGUUUCGACCAGAUGGUCCGCCACAAAAUUUUAGGCCUCCAUUUUCAGGGGCCCCACCUUCAAGUCAAGGUGUAUUCAGACCUCAGCAAACAGGAGGACCUUCAGGAAUGCCACCUAUGCAAGGGAUCCCCCAAUUUUCAACACAAUCGUCACAGGGAGGUGUGUCAGGGCCUCCUGGUGUGACAGCAUCGCAGGGCAUGGCAAGACCACCUUUGUCACAAGCCCAACAGACACAGUCUCAAGGGAAAACAAUUGACACUAAACUGCUUUUGGCAGAUCGUCCGAAUGAACUCCCUGUACCAUUUCAUGGACAUGGCCAGUACUCGCACCAAGUUGGUAUGGCACUCACUCCCGGGAUAACACCUGCUAACUCAGGUCCAUCAUCACAAAGGUCAUCAAGGACAAAUUCUCCUGCAGUGAUCAACCCGAAUCUUGAUGCUCUAGAGGGACAGUUUAGGGGAACACCAGAGCAAGAGACCCAACCCCCAGGUAAUCCCCAGCAACAAUGGAGUCAGCAACAUGGUUUACCCCCAGCAUCUCAACAACAAGACAUGCCCCCAGCAUCAAAUUUUCCUGGUGUGCCUCCUUCAUCACAGCAAACUGGUGUUCCUUCUUGGCAACCAGACAUGCCAGGUUUGCCUCCCACUUCGCAGCAAACUGGCAUGCCUUCUUCAUCACAGCAAAGAUUUCCUCCACCCCCAGCCAAUCAACCUCAGUUUGGUGUCCCUCCCAUGUCAGCCCCCAAUCAGAGACCAGGAUUUCCUCCUCCACAAAUGACUACUGGCCAACAGCCAAGGUUUCCCCCUACAUCCAUGGGUAUGCGACCAGGAUUCCCUCCUGUCUCAUCAACCAGUCAACAACCAGGAUUUCCUCCACCUCCAGUUUCAACCAAUCAAGUACCAGGAUUCCCUCCAACAUCAGCAAGCCAGCAUCCAAGGUUUCCACCACCCCCAACAACAGCCAACCAGCAGCCAGGAUUUCAGCCCGCUCCAACUUCAGCCAAUCAGCAACCAGGAUUUCCACCACCUCCUUCAGCCAAUCAGCAACCAGGAUUUCCACCACCUCCAACUUCAGCCAAUCAGCAACCAGGAUUUCGGCCACCCCCAACAUCAGUCAGCCAACAACCAGGAUUUCCGCCACCUCCAACUUCAGCCAGUCAGCAACCAGGAUUUCCUCCACAACCAAGUUCAGCAAAUCAGUACCAAGGCUUUCAGCCAAAUUCCCCUUUAGGUCAGCCGAGAAGUCAACCGUAUGCUCCACAAGGGAAAACUAUCGGAGAGUUUGUCAAUACCUACCCAAAGCAAAAUACUGGACUGAAUGCCAUGACAUCGAAUUUUAGCAACAUGUCUGUGCAGGGUAGCCAGAAUAUAAAUCUGUUACAGCAGAAAAAGUUAAUCCCUCCCGAUGGGGUAGAGACACCAAAGCCAGUGAUACCAAAUGAUAACAGGAAUGUCAACUGUAAUCCAGAAGUGUUUCGUUGUACGAUGAACAACAUACCCCAGACGUCAGCAUUGUUAAACAAGUCCAGGUUACCCCUUGGCAUUCUCAUACAUCCUUUCAAAGAUUUGUCCCAAUUGCCUGUGAUACAGUCCAGUGUUAUAGUGAGAUGUCGCUCGUGUAGGACGUACAUCAAUCCGUUUGUUUAUUUUGUAGACAGUCGACGGUGGAAAUGUAAUCUUUGUUACAGGGUUAAUGAAUUGCCAGAUGAGUUUUCAUUUGACCCAGUGAGUAAAAGUUAUGGUGAUCCACAGAGGAGACCAGAAAUCAAAUCAGCGACCAUAGAGUUCAUAGCACCUUCAGAAUAUAUGUUAAGACCACCACAGCCAGCAGUGUACCUUUAUUUGAUAGAUGUGUCUUUCAAUGCCAUAGAAACAGGUUAUUUAACUGUUUUCUGUGAGACAUUACUAGAUGUGUUGGACCGGAUACCAGGCGAUUCUCGGACACAGAUAGGUUUCAUAGCAUAUGACAGUUCUGUACAUUUCUUUAAUCUGGCCGAGGGUUUGUCUCAGCCUCAGAUGCUCACUGUUACAGAUGUAGAUGAUAUUUUUCUACCCAGUCCUGAUGAUUUACUAGUCAAUCUAAACGAGUGUAAAAGUUUGGUAAUUGAUCUGUUAAACCAGUUACCAACAUUAUUUGAGAACAAUAUGGAAACCAGAAGUGCCCUUGGUGCCGCACUGCAAGCAGCUUUCAAAAUGACGACGGCCACUGGUGGACGACUGACUGUUAUGCAGACUGUGUUACCAACAUACGGCCCUGGUGCACUACAAAAUAGAGAAGAUUCAACACAGAAAACUUCCAAAGACAUUUCAAGUCUUGGUCCAGCAACAGAUUUUUACAAGAAGCUGGCAUUAGAUUGUUCUGCCCAGCAGAUAGCAGUUGAUCUCUUCAUGUUUAAUGGACAAUAUGCUGAUAUUGCAUCCAUAGAAUGUAUAUCAAAGUUUUCUGGUGGUUGUGUGUCAUAUUACCCAUCAUACCAUGCUGUGCGGUCACCGCAUUUGGCGGAAAAGUUUGAGGCAGAUCUCCGGCGGUACCUGACACGGAAGGUUGGAUUUGAAUCUGUGAUGAGAAUUCGGUGCUCAAAAGGAAUUAGUAUCCACACAUUUCAUGGUAAUUUCUUUGUGAGAUCUACGGACUUGCUGUCAUUGCCCAAUGUGAACCCAGAUGCUGGGUUUGGUAUGCAGAUGUCGAUAGAGGAGCCACUGACAGACAUGUCAACCAUGUGUUUCCAGGCUGCACUCUUGUAUACUUCCAGUAAAGGUGAAAGACGUAUUCGAGUGCACACACUUUGUUUACCAGUAACGAAUCAGAUCAGUGAAAUACACGCAGGGGCUGAUCAACAAGCUAUUAUAGCUUUACUGGCUAAGAUGGCUGUAGACCGCAGUAUAUCAUCAUCUAUGUCUGAUGCGAGGGAAGCAAUUGUGAAUGCUUCCAUUGAUAUAUUGAAUGCAUACAGCAGUACAUUACCAGCAUCGCAGAGAGUCGGAAAUCUCUGUUCCAAUGAUCAGCUUAAACUUAUACCACUCUACUGUCUGGCAUUGCUCAAAUCUACGGCAUUUAGGACAGGUAUAUCAACUAGUUUAGAUGACAGAACAUACGCUCUUCACCAGUGUAAAAGUCUGCCGACAACUGAACUGAUUAGAAUGUUAUACCCAGAUCUAUAUCCUAUACAUACAAUUAUGGACGUGGAAAUGGUGAAAAAAGGAAGUCUGGAGUUUCCUAAAUUACCGUUACUUCAGCUGUCAUCAGCUAACAUUGAUCGUAAUGGGGCGUAUCUACUUGACACAGGAGAUACAAUAUACCUGUAUUUAGGUAGUGCCGUAAACCCACAGUUCUGUCAGGAUGUGUUAGACAGACCACACUUUGCCUCAAUACAAGAGGGUGGCAUUACAGAACUUCCUGAACUAGAAAACGAUGGAUCAGAGAGAGUGCGUUCUUUUAUUACCUAUUUGUUAGAUGGUCGAUCAAAUGGUGCAGCCUUGGUUGUAGUCAGGGAAGAUGGCAAGUUGAGAAUGAAAUUUUUCCAGCAUUUUGUAGAAGAUCGGACAGAGUCAAGUAUAUCAUAUAUAGAAUUCUUACAACAAAUACAGAUGCAAAUAAAGAGCUGAGAAAGAAUGAAAAGAAUAUAUAAAAAUAUUUAUAGAAAUAAAGUCCAUAGCGAUUCCUAAAUGGAUUGUCUAUGAAUAUAACUCAAAUCAAUGCAAAUAAAGUAGAUUUUAUAUGGAAAUAUAAGUCUGGAAUAUUCAGCUUGAUUAGUAAAAAUUAAAAAGGUGAUUAAUACAGUCUGAGACACCUUCAUUGAAAAAAAUAAUAAAAUAAAGUGCUGUACCAUGUCGUGCCAUGAUGUUAUAAGGGAUAAAGUAGGAUGAUGUGCCAGUUAGAUAGUGCUUCAGAAUGAAUUACCGCAACAUGAGACAAUAGCUAGGAAUUUCAUGUUGUGGAAAACACCUUCACGAGGAGUUUGCAUUGACAUAAAAAUCUUGUUUUAGAAAUAUCAUGUGAUAGAAAACUAACUGGUUUUAGUACUGGGGGAGGAUACAUGGGAAUAUAAACAGAAGUGACCUACAUUGGCUAAUUAAAUAAGAUGGCCAGUUAAAGCCAAUUGGAACAGUAAAAAAUGAACUUGAAGAGGACAAAGAAGCUGUACAAAAUUGAUCUGCUAGUUAUCUACUGGCUGAAAAAUGUCAGCAAAGCUAAUCUGCAUAAUGUAGUGAUCGUUGAAAUGCACAGUGAUAUAAAUAUAGAGAGGGCAUUUGUGACAUAUUUUAAUGCUGCCUGUUGCUAACUGGUCUAGAAAUGUUUGAUUAUUGAUAGAACGAGGUAAAUUUAUUUCAGAUUUAGGAGGAAAGGUUAUAUAAGAGGAAAUCAUUCCUUUUAUCUUUGACAACUUGUGAUAAGAGAUUUUAGACAGAAUUAAGUUAGAUGAUUUCUGUAUUUGUAUUUAUGCUAUAUAUUUUCCAGGCUACAAACAGUAAAUGGUUUAGGCUGUCAAACCUUUGCCUGUAUAUAAAAUGCAUUAUAUUCAAAGAGUAUAUAUAAAACACUGACUUUUAUACAUAAAUGUUGUAUUGGAUGCCUGACUAGUAUUCUUAAUUAGACAAAAUGGCAAAGCCACUUGAUGUUGUAUUUAGAAUGCCUGCUUGUGUUUUAAUAUGAAUUUAUGAUAGACUGGAUUCUAAUUAACUGAGAAAUAUGUGAAAUACAAAUUUGUUGUAUUUCAUGCAGUAAAUUUUUAAGUUGCACAAGCAUCAGAAAGUAGUUCCUUGUUUGUUGAAGUUAUGCCUUGAAGUUGCAGUUACAUUUUGUUCCACAACAGUAACAGAAACGCAUGGCAAUGAACAACAGUAAUUGUAUUCAAACUGUUUUGAAAAGUGUGUAAAAAGAUCUUUGCAGUUAAUGAAGAAGUUGUUCUUUGAAAGUUGCUGAUGUGCACAAAUAGUAUUUUAGCAGUUAAUUCAUACAGCUAUUAUUUUUCUUUUUGAGAUUACAUUUUAUUCAUAGAUGGUUAAUUUUACCUGAACGCACCUGGUGAGUGUUAGAACUUUAACAUAGUGUUACACUUUCUUUAAAUUUACCUCAUAUUUGCAGUAUUGAAGUACCUUUCUGUCCCUAUCGGACAUCAGAUAGACAAUUUAUAAAAGUACAAAUUAUAAAAGUACAGACUGUAACAUGUGUCUAGUAAAAGAACUACAAAACACAGUUUCGAGGGGUGGGGGGAGGCAUGCUUGUUCAGAAAUAACCAUUUGAUUAAUAAUGGUUCCAUUUUGUUCCUAUUUAUUUAUUGUUUACUGUCGUAUUAUGUGUUGUGUGUUAAUGUCUUCACAUUAAGUAGAAGUACCAUGCUGAAAUCUUGUCUGAUAUGCCUUUGGUUCCCUAUUUAUUUACUGGCUUCCUGUGAAAUUAAUGAAUUUGAACCAUAUUAUUCAGCUUUUAAAUUCAAGACCACAUGGUUACAAUUUAAUUAUUUAAUUUGCAAUCAAAUGUUAUUAAUUGAUCUAUUAAUUGCAUGUCUCAAACAUGUUGAUGAACUUUCUUCUCACACUGUGAAUUUAAGCAAUUUUUGUUGACAUGAAAAAUUACUUAGUUUACAUACCACUGCUGUUCUUGAUUUUUGACUUGCAGUAUGAAAUUAUUCAACAGCAUGAAAUUAGAAUAAAUCUUGGCUUUGCG